CAUCAUUUCCAAUUAGUCUGUGAGAAGGAUUAGUAUUAACUUAAAAUAACGCUCUACAUUGAACAUCAAAAAAAUAUAUAACAUUAACAAUGAAAGAAAGAAAACCAUUUGGAUCUCAUCGAAUCUAUUUAGAUUUUUCUCUUGCGUUUCUAAAAAUUAUCGGAAUCUUCGAUUAUACUCCGAACACAUUAUUUUUGCGUAUCAAAGGUAAUGUGAUCAAGGUAUUCAAUUGGAUAGUUGUAAUGUGCGUUACAACAUCACUAACUAUAGAUAUCUAUAGAAAUUAUAGUAAUCUAGAAGCUAUUACAAAUGACGUAGGAUAUUUAUUUCCUAUGCUUAGAAUACUGGCGAAAACUUUUGCAGUCAAUCUUGGUCAAAAUAAUAUUCUUGGAUUGAUAGAAGCAGUCCACGCACCGAUUAUGAAACUGCGUCAUAGUUCCGAACUUGGUGUACUUACAAAAAUCAGAACAACAAUGUUUUAUCAAAGUUUGGAUUUCAUUAUAUUCGCUGUUGUCCUAGCAGCAACUACUGUAACAAUAAUAGCGAUGGCAGUACUUUCGGAUACAAAAUUACCAUUACGUGGACUUUUUCCGUUCAACGAAACUGUAUUACCAGCAUAUGCAGCAGUAUUUUACAUCCAAUCUUGGACAAUAUUUAUGUGUUCUUUAUGGAUUCUUCUAAUUGAAACAUCCGCUAUUGAGCUAAUACGAUGGAAAAAUGUGCAAUUAGUUAUAUUGCAACGUAAUUAUGAAAACUGUUGUAAUUGGAUGGAGCCUCGUGCUAAUUUUGAAAUGUCUGAUGACACAUAUGGAAAAAUUAAAAACUUUUCAUAUUUUAAACUUAAAGAUGAAGAUUUUAAGAUAAAUUUGUUUGUACCGUUUGAUGAAGAUGAAGUUAACGUGAAAAACGAUUCAUUUUCUUUGAGAUAUAGAACGUGUUUGAAACAUCAUCGAAGAAUUAUCAAUCACGUUAAGAAUUACAAUGAUUUUUUCAGUGUUUUACAAUUUUUCACAGUAUUUAUAACUUGCUUAUUCGUUUGCUUGUGCUUAUUUCAAAUCGUUGUGAAUAGACAAAGGAAAGCGGCUAUUUUAAACACUGGAAUUUUAAUGUGUUCGGAAAUGUGUCACUUAGGUUUCUGGUGUAUUUUUGGUAACUUGUUAAUGAAUGAGGCUGGAACUUUACAUCAAUCCCAGUAUAACUCGGGUUGGGAGAAAGAAAUCAAUUCAGAAAUACGUCAUCUUGUAAUAAAUUCUUUAAUAGAAAGUAGAGAGCCAUUGAAGAUCACGGCUGGUAAAUUUUUCGUGUUAUCUUUGGCGACUUAUCUAGCGGUUAUCCAAAAGUCUUAUUCGUACUUUGCGAUACUUAAUUCAGUUCACAAUGACGAUGAAUAGUAAUGCAAUUAUCAAAAGUAGUACAACAAUAUUGUCUAAAAAUUUAGUUUCAAAAUAUAUUUUACCCUACGAAAAAUAGUCAUCUGUGAUAAAAAUCCCGAAAUGCGGAUCUACAUAUAAUUAUAAUAAUAUUCUUUCGUCGAAUCUCAAUAUAAUUCCACAUGGAAAAAUAUAUAUAUGAGAAUUAUGCAUCAUCUGUAUAGCAAAUAUGUAUGGUUAUAAAUGAUAAAUUAAAAAUUAAUGUACGAUACGGUAAAUGUAAUGUAAAAUAUAG